CUUGUCUAGACAACCGCUAAUGCGCAAUCACCUUCUUGCUUGAGCUCUGGCAGUGUCCUAGACAGAACAUCCACUCCAGCGCCGUUUAAGUUGUUAUUCCGAAGGCGGCGCUAGGCGAUGUCAAGGUUGCACCCUCUCUCCCGUGGCGCCUCGUGCGCGAGAACCAGGAACACAUGCUCCAUCAGACGAAGAUAGAGUGUCGGAUCACAAACCUCCUUUGCCAACAUUGCUCAUGAGGCCGCUGAUCAUGAGUCAAAACGGGUUGCAACAGGAACAUGGAUUCUCGGGCGGUGCGCACAGGUUAGCUGGCAGGGAACUCUCCUUGGACCUCUCCACUCCCGCAGAUAGUGGACAGCUGGAAUUUGCGCUUUCACUGUUGCGAUCAUGUCGAUCCAACCGUACAACAUCACUUUAGGAGAAGAGAGUCCAACAUUCCAGUAUAGCCCUGUCCGUGAUGGGCCGGCUACUGCGGGCUGGAACUCCUCCUACAGUGGUACUACAGUAUGGCUCGGCAAUGAAGGUACCACUGGUAUUGGCACGCCUUAUCGCCACACCGAACUGAACGGGGCCGGAUUUACACUCAACUUCGAAGGAACGGCACUGUACCUCUGUCUCACCUCAAAUAAUCAAGCGGUAUACCACUUGACGAUUGAUAACGUGGCUUAUACCACGGUUGCACCAUCCAGUGAUUUGGCAUGUUCCACGUUUCCAGGAGCACAAACUCUCCUCUAUGCCAAUAAGCUUCCCUAUGGUUCACACAUAGCGACAUUUAAUACAACCAUGUCUGGCACAGGAGAGAGUUUAGAUUUCUAUGGAGGUGUUGUGACUCUGAGUGCGGGCCCACAGGGCACAAUGGUACAACCACGCCAGUACAUUGAUGAUCGCAGUCCUGUAUGGCAAUAUCAACCUUGGCCGUGGCCACAAGGGUCGUCCACGGGUGAAUAUAACGGCACUCAUUCAUAUGCUUGCAAUUACCUUGCUGAGGUCACGGCGACAAUCCAGUUCAACGGUUCUUCCAUCGUCAUGCUCAUCGGAUCUCCGGCGCCUAAUUCAUUCGGCUACACCAUCCAGUUCAACAACGUUGAGACAGUGUAUAAUUCCACCAAUUAUUGGUGGGCUAAUCAACAGGUCAUGUACUUUGCGGGUGGGCUGGAGCCAACGCACACGUACAGUCUGACACUUAUCGACUACGAUGCUAACCAACCGAAUGGGCCACCAGGCUUGAACACCAGCGGUACUUAUUGUGUUAACUUGGACGCGGCCGUUCUGGUUCAAGGCACUCUUCCAGACUCGUCCACCACGACUACGUCAUCGUCAUCGAUAACGGGUAUUGGCGGUGCCACUCAGUCUAGUAAUGCCGACACCGGAGGUACUGGCUCUUCCGGUUCCAGCGGGCUAUCGGGUGGUGCCAUUGCUGGCAUUGUGAUUGGCAUCGUUGUGAUUCUGGCCAUUGUUGCCUUCGUCAUUUUCCUGCUAUCGCGAAUGCGGAAACGCGCCCGGUCUCACAUGGAAAGCAACGGUCACGCAGUAUUCAGCCGCUCUUUCGGUACACCUCAACCACCAGAGCCAACUCCCUUCGUUCCUCCCCCUUCAGACCUGCCAACAUCAGCUUUCACUUCUGAUGCACCGAUAUCGCUCCUUGGUGGGGCGACAUCAUCAUCGAGCUUCAGAACGGAGAAGACAACACGAUCGCCAUAUCCGAACGUACCUUAUACCCAGGUUCGGCACGGCCGUGGUACGACGUCGGAAGGCGGAACCUCGGGGAGCAGCGACCCUCGACUCACUAAUGAGGUUCUGCAGAAUGCACCUACGGUUGAUUUGGUAACUAUCUUAAACCAGAGAUUACGGAGGGAACAGGCGGAUAACAUCGAGGAACCUCCCCAGUAUGGUUGAUCGAGUCGGACUGCAUAAAAUAUCUAAAUGUCACCUUGUUUCUCUCUCAUUUCUAGUUGCUGCAUUUUUUCGGUCUUGUUGUAAUGUUAGCCAAGGAUUUGUU